UUGGAGCUGCAGCAGAGGAGAAGGCAACAUGAGAAUAUAGCCAUCGCACAUCAUACACAUAGCUAGUAAACAUUGCCAGAAACAUCAUCACCAUCAUCAUUACUACUUUUAUUAUUUUAUUCUCACUAUUCAAUAGAAAAGUUUAAAACUCCAGUUUUGUAAUUCAGAACUCUGUUCCCAUGAUGUCAUACCUGUGGAUUCUCCUGCUGGGCAGUUUGGUGAUUGGAGCCAAGACACAAGAAGACCCUGCUGCUGAGCCAGAAACAAAGGAAGCAGAGGCAGAAGCAGCAGAGCCCGAAGCAGAAGCAGAUGAAGUAGCCGCAGAGGAGGCCCCAGCAGCUGAGGAGGCUCCGACAGGAGAAGUGGAGGAGGCUGCAGAAGAGGAGGAGGCUGCAGAAGAGGAGGAGGCUGCAGAGGACGAGGCUGCAAGUUCUGAGGUUGCUCCGACUACAGAGGCUGCAGCUGCAGAAGAGGAGGCUCCGACUACAGACCAAGAGGCUGCAGCUGCAGAAGAGGAAGCUCCGGCUACAAAGGAUGAGGCUGCAACUGCAGAAGGAGAGGCUUCGACAGAGGACACAGAAGUAGUAGAAGAACCAGCAGUGGAAGUAGAGGUGGCCCCUGAAGCUGAGCCAGAACCAGCGGAGGCGGCAGAACCAGAAGCAGAGGAACCUGCUGUAGAAGAGGAAGCUGCAGAGUCGGAAGCGGCGCCUGCACCAGAAGACGGAGGUGAACUAGAUCUGUCUGAAGCUGUUGAACCAGAAGCUGAGCCUGAAGCACAAGAGGAGAGCGAGCCCACAAAGGAGACACCCAUGGGAGGAAAGAGCCGCCGAGGGGGCUCAGUUGGCACAGCGGAAGCUCAAGGGGCUAGCUCUGGCUCGGUUGUGAGCAUUCUGUGUGCUAUCGGCGUGGUGAUCGUUGGAGCUGCCACCGGAUACUUCGCCUAUCAGAAGAAGAAGCUCUGUUUCAAGAACAGUGGAGGGGAUGUAGUGAGUGGCCCUAAAGAGAAGGCUGAGACCCAGUCAGAUCCCCAGGUUCUCAGCAAUUUGCUGACUAAUUCAUCCUAGAUCAUCUGAGAUUCCACUGGAAAGGAACCAGGACCAGCGGCAGAGUUUCCCACAACGCACACACACACACGCAUACGCAUACACUCAAACACAGAUUUGUCUCAAUCUUUAGGCCUUGAACUGAUAUAGCUGUAAAACUGUGAGAUAGUUGUGUGGGGUUAUGAACCUUCAGUACCACGUUAGAGUGUGAGACCAAUCAGUAGUAUCUCUGUGUUUUCUAAUGAUCACAUUUGUAAUCUGUUUAAAGGGGUGACAUUUUCUGUCCACUAAACCGCACCGAAACAAUGUAGGCCUAUUUCUACUAAUACUAGUACUGGGAUGGACUGGACUGUAGCUCAGAACCUCAUUCUAUGUUGUCUAUGAGAAGGCAGCGCAAUUUAUAUGGAUCUAUCGUAAACAAUGUGUAUAGGCACAGCUCAUGAUUAUUAGUUCCUAGGUUAUUUUGGAUAAAAUGGCUCCUCUAUUUGAAAUGGUACCUUUGUUUGUUGUUGGUUUCUUGAUUUAGCCUGGUCCCAUGUUGAUUGUGCUGUAGCCAACUCUUUUAGCCUGGUCCCAUAAUGAAUGUAGCCAACUCUUCUAUCAUUGUAAAGCCAUACACAUUAGGGGUAACAAUUACGGAACUCCGAGAUGAGUUGGCUAAAGCAGCAACAGACUGGACCACCUGGCUAGUAGUGUUGUUCAGGAAGCUGUAUGAGAGCUGGGAAGUGGAAGCUGUAUGAGAGCUGGCAAAGAGGACAGAAGAUGUCGCCCCUGUUGUGUGUUUGCUUGGUAUUUUUGGGGGCUUGGAGACCUUUACCGGCGGGUUGUCUAAAAUGUAACAAUGAAUGUGAACAUUUAUCAAAUCAAAUCAGAGUUUAUUUGUUGCAUGCAGAUGUAAUUGCAGGGUACUGCUCUGUAGAUGGUUCACCUGGCAGGCCUGAUCAUGAUUCUAUCUCACUACUAGUGCCAGUCUGAAAUGGCUCCCUGUUUCCUCUAUAGUGGAAUUCUUUUGGAGCCCUGCUAUGAAAGGAAUAGGGAGCCAGACCAAGGGGGGGGGGGGGG